AGUGAAGGCCAUGCCGGAUGACUUGUCCAGCUCCGUGUCCAGCAGCUGGAGAGGCUUGAAGCUGGUCACCGUCACCGGGUCCAGCUGCGAUGCCGAUGUGUCCAACUUGGACGCAGAACGUGACCUGACGCCGGGCAGCCUGGAGGUGUGGGUGGACUUGCCAGACACCAUCAAGUAUGACCCGUCUCUGGCGCCGUUCAAGCAUCUUUAUGAACAACACCAUGGAAAACUGGAUACCACGGAGAUUCAAGAUGGCGACAAGUCAAUAUUUACAAAAAAACCCACCGAAAUCAGUAAAAGUAAAGAAAGCGUAGCGAAAAGUGAUGUCCCUGCAAAAGGAUGUGAUAAUAGAUUAGUGGAGCCUUCACACACACAAGAGGCGAAAAAAGUCAGAUCAGCGAGAAAAAAGCAGGUGGACCGGACGCUGAAAGUCGUCAAGCUGUCAAUCCUGGUGGCGGGAUGGGUGUUCCUGACAGCAUCCCUGCUGCUGAACAGAGAAAGGACAGACGUGGUGCUGCACACAGCUGUGAAGGAAGGAGAGGUCAAAGUAUACCCAUUAAACUGCACCCUAGCGCGAGUGACCCUAAAAGUGACCCUAACGGGUCCCUUCGACCAGACGGCGGGGAAUGUAACUGAGAAUAUUCUGGAAGUUUGGCUUGAGCGGACCUCCGGAGAUCAGACAGAGAGCUCCCGUCCCUGGUUGGUGCGACUGAGGUCCGAUGACGUCAUCGACUUUGCUGAAAGCGCCACCGACACGAAGACAUUGGUGCUGAUGCAUUCGAAUGGGUCGGACAGUGAAAAUCUAUUUUCCAGUAAUGGCUCCGUGCUGUCCCUCCGAAUGCAGUCAUCCAGCAACACCACAGUCCCUCUCACUGUCAGCUACAUCAUGAGCCCCUUGGAAGAAAGAGACGGCCUUAUAUACGCAACCGUCCUCCUGUGUACCCUGUAUAUCCUCGUUAUAUUUGAGAUUGUAAACCGCACAAUCGCCGCGCUCCUCUCCUCGUCUCUCUCCGUGGGCGUCCUAGCCCUCACCGGCUCCCGACCCUCGCUGCCCGAGCUGGUCUCCUGGCUGGAUGUGGAGACACUACUGCUCCUACUCAGCAUGAUGCUGCUGGUCGCCAUAUUGGCUGAGACCGGCCUGCUGGAUUACCUGGCUUUACUGGCUUUUGAGGUGACAGGAGGCCGCACGUGGCCCCUGAUCAACUGCCUGUGUCUCUUCACGGCCGUCUUCUCCACCUUCCUGGACAACGUGACCACCGUGCUGCUCAUGACACCGGUCACCAUCAGGCUCUGCGAAGUGAUGCAACUGAACCCGGUGCCGGUCCUGAUGUCGAUGGUCAUCUUUAGCAACGUGGGGGGCGCCGCCACGCCCGUGGGGGACCCGCCCAACGUCAUCAUCGCCAGCCACCCCGCCGUGCUCAGAGAGAACAUAAACUUCACGACGUUCACGCUGCACAUGGGUGUGGGCAUCCUGCUGGUGUGUGUGCAGACAUAUCUACAGCUACGGUACAUUUUUCGAGACCUGAACAAGUUGAGACACGACGUGCCCAGGGAGAUACAAGAAAUGCGUCAAGAAAUAGCGGUGUGGAAGCGAGCAGCUGGCUCCUUGUCUCUGUACUCCAGGGAUGAGGAUAUUGUGAGGAAAGCUCUAGAAAAGAAGGUAGAAAGGUUGAACGCGGCAUUAGUGAAGAGAGAGGCGGGCGGUGGCGUGAACAAAACUGACCCCAAGUUCUGUUCCACCCUGGCUCAGAUGAAACAAAAGUACCGCAUCAGAGACAAGCCUCUCCUCGUCAAAUCGUGUGUCUGCGUAUCUUUCGUCGUGAUAGUGUUCUUCCUACACGCCUUCCCGUUCCUACAGCGGCUGUCUCUUGGCUGGACGGCGCUGCUGGGGGCUCUGCUGCUGCUCCUGUUGGCUGACAUCCAAGACCUGGAGCCGAUCCUAGCCAGGGUUGAAUGGUCUACUCUGUUGUUCUUCGCCGCACUGUUCGUGUUAAUGGAGGCGUUAUCUAAACUGGGACUCAUCGACUGGAUCGGCAAGCUGACAGGGUCUCUCAUCUUACAAGUGGGAGAAGAAUCGCGUCUGACGGUCGCCAUCAUGCUCAUAUUGUGGGUGUCGGGUCUAGCGUCAGCCUUUGUGGACAACAUUCCCCUGACUACUAUGAUGGUCCGGGUCAUAGCGGGUUUAGCGGACCCAGCGGGUCUGGCCCUGCCGCUGGCCCCACUGGCCUGGGCCCUCAGCUUCGGAGCCUGUCUUGGAGGCAACGGCACAUUAAUCGGCGCAAGCGCAAACGUGGUAUGCGCAGGAGUCGCCGAGCAACAUGGUUACCGUUUCACGUUUCUCCAGUACCUGCGCAUUGGUUUCCCUGUGAUGUUGGGUAACCUACUGGUCGCCACCGGUUACCUGCUACUCUGCGACGCUGUCGGCUGGCACUGAUAUAAAGUAUGCGCGGGAGUGAGACAGCAUGGCUACCGUUUCACCUUCCAGUACCUGUCGAAUGGCACUGACAAUAAACAUUCAUGUAACACAUUCGCUGCCAGUGACCCGAUAGUCGGGUUCUUUAAACUACAUACGAAAGUGCAAAAAAAUAUAUUUAAUUUUUAUAUUGCCGAUUUUUUUCUGGCCUUAGGCUGGAAUCACAUCUAUCAGCAUCGAGCCGCAUUUUAUAUAUGUGAAAUUGCUCGUUAGUAUGAAGAUGCGUACGCACGCAUGCUUUCAGCUUUCCGAUGCGUACGCAUCUUCAUACUAACGAGCGAUUUCUCAUAUAUAAAAAGCUGCUCGAUGCUGACAGAUGUGAUUCCAACCUUAUUUAUCUUCUACAAUUAUUAAUUAAUAACUUUAUUUAUGAACAUCUAAAAAUGGUAGUCUAAUACGAUCAGAUUUUACAAAAUAUCACAAAUUAUGUAUUAUUAAUCUACUAAUAUUGUUAUUAGCUAUGUACUUAGUUGUUAUUACAAUUUUAUUAUUACAAAACGAAUUGUAAAUAUAAGUUUUAUUUUUACGUGAUUAUGUUUAAGUGAAAUAUAUUUUAUGAAUUGUA